AUGUCAGCUAGACCACAGGUUUCCGUUUACGGUGUUGACGGUCAAAAGACCGCCUCUGCUUUGCCAUUGCCAGCAGUUUUCCAGUCUCCUAUCAGAGGAGAUCUCGUUCUUUCAGUCUUCACCAAGGUUGCUAAGAACAAGAGACAGGCUUACGCCGUUUCUGAAAACACAGGUAUGCAGCAUUCUGCAGAGUCUUGGGGUCCAGGUAGAGCUGUUGCCAGAGUUCCUAGGAUCUCUGGUUCUGGUACUGCCAGAGCCGCUCAGGGUGCCUUUGCCAACAUGUGUAGAGGUGGUCGUAUGUUUGCUCCAACCAAGAUCUGGAGAAGAUGGCACGUCAGAGUGAACAGAAACGAGAAGAGAUACGCUACCGCUUCUGCUAUCGCAGCCACUGCCGUUGCUCCAUUGGUUCAGGCCAGGGGUCACAAGAUCGAGAAGGUCCCAGAGAUUCCAUUGGUUGUUGCUGAUGAUAUUGAGUCCGUUGACACUACAAAGAAGGCUUUGGCUAUCUUGAAGUCUGUUGGCGCCCAGAAGGAAGUUGUUAAGGCCAUCAAGUCUAAAAAGAUGAGAGCUGGUCACGGUAAGAUGAGAGGCAGAAGAUUUACCCAAAGAAAGGGUCCUUUGGUUAUUUACGCCAAGAACAAUGGAUUGGUUAAGGCCUUCAGAAACAUCCCAGGUGUUGACACUUGUAACGUCCAGGCCCUCAACUUGUUGCAGUUGGCCCCUGGUUCUCACAUGGGUAGAUUCGUUAUCUGGUCUCAGUCUGCUUUCGGUGCCUUGGACUCUAUCUACGGUUCCGAGACUGUUAAGUCCAGCAAAUCUGGUUACGCUCUUCCAAAGAACAUUGUCUCUACUGAUGACAUUGACACCAUUAUUAACUCUUCUGAUGUCCAGUCUAUUGUCAGACCAGCUGGUCAGGCUUCAGUCAAGAGACCAAAUGUUGUUAAGAAGAAUCCAUUGAAGAACAAGCAGAUUCUUUUGAGAUUGAACCCUUACGCCAAGGCUUUCUCUGAGAAGAAGCUUGGUUCCGUUAAGAAGGCUGCCUCAAAGAGCGUUAAGCACGAUGCAUUCUUGAAGGUCUUGAAGGAGUAA